AUGGAUCUCCUGAGCGAUCGCGCAAAUCUGCUGGCUGUGCAGCGGCUACAAUUUUUCAGAGGCUGUGCUGUUAUUGAUUUCAAUCAUCUAUUCUUUGAGGACGCUGCUCUUCUUGGCUCCCGGGAGUAUAGUCAAGAUAACGUUGACCGUCUGAUCAAAAUAUUCCAGAUCGAGGGUUGCUGUAACAUGGAGCCUGAGCACCGCGUCGCUGCGGUCGUUGAUUCAGACAAACUAAAAAAUGCUCUUUCGAUAAGUGGGAUAACACAAGAGCAACUUCUCGACCCCACAACUCAAAUCACCCUGGGCUUUGAAGAAGGCACUCGACUCAUGUGUAUAUUUGGAAAACACCGUUUGCGAGCCGCCCAAGCCAUAGGAAUGCGCUCUUGGCUGGUGGAUAUCUAUGUCGAUGGUUGGUCUUACUCUUCAUGCGUUCAUUGA